GGCUUGGGUGGAUGGGCGGAACCCACUGGAACGCCAGUGAUUGGGCUGCAUGGCGAGGGACCUGUCAACGGGCACAUCUCCUCGCGGACAAGUCGUCGACAAUGUGCCUCUAACGGUUUCGGGCAUUGUGCUGCUCUGACGUAUAGUAUUAUAUCAACCUCCCCAGCUCCCAUGCCUCGGUGCCCGCCUCUGACCAACUCAGUUCCUCUUCUUGCGUUCAUCCUCCUCGAAUACACCCUAUCCAUCAGCCAAAAUGGCCAGCAUCGAAAGCAUCAACGAAGGAGUUGCCAUCAAUGGCGCCGUCAAGGACUCGUACCGCAAGAUCCUUACUCCCGAGGCCACUGCCUUCCUCGCCCUCCUCCACCGGACCUUCAACGGCACCCGCAAAGCUCUGCUCCAGAGACGAGUGAUCCGUCAACAGGAGCUUGACAAGGGCAAUUUGCCAGAUUUCCUCCCCGAAACCAAGCACAUUCGCGACAAUGACGCCUGGAAAGGUGCUCCCCCGGCUCCCGGACUCAUCGACCGCCGGGUUGAGAUCACCGGACCAACGGAUCGGAAAAUGGUCGUCAAUGCUUUGAACAGCAACGUCUGGACUUACAUGGCUGACUUUGAAGACGCCCAAGCACCCACCUGGGAUAACCAGGUCUCCGGACAGGUGAACCUCUACGAUGCCAUCCGCAGGCAGGUCGAUUUCAAGCAAGGAGAAAAAGAGUACAAGCUACGCAUAGAUCGCGUUUUGCCUACCCUUUUGUGUCGCCCUCGAGGCUGGCACUUGGAAGAGAAGCAUUUUACUGUCGACGGUGAGCCAAUCUCUGGCUCUCUGUUCGACUUCGGCCUGUACUUCUUCCACAAUGCCUUUGAGCUGGUCAAGCGUGGCACUGGGCCGUACUAUUACCUCCCCAAGAUGGAGUCUCAUCUUGAGGCGAGAUUGUGGAACGAUGUCUUCAAUCUAUCCCAGGACUACAUCGGUAUGCCACGAGGCACGAUCCGAGGAACCGUCCUCAUCGAGACAAUCACUGCCGCCUUUGAAAUGGAUGAAAUUAUCUACGAGCUCCGCGACCAUUCGGCUGGUCUCAACUGCGGCCGGUGGGAUUACAUCUUCUCGGUCAUCAAGAAAUUCCGCCAGAACCCCAACUUUGUUCUCCCAGACCGAUCCGCCGUCACCAUGACCGUGCCUUUCAUGGACGCUUAUGUGCGUCUGCUCAUCAAGACCUGCCAUCGCCGUGGUGUGCAUGCCAUGGGUGGUAUGGCCGCGCAAAUCCCCAUCAAGGACAACCCAGAGGCCAACGACAAAGCCAUGGAGAAUGUCCGACAGGACAAGCUGCGCGAAGUCCGCGCUGGCCACGACGGGACGUGGGUUGCUCACCCUGCUCUAGCGGCCAUUGCGUCUGAGGUAUUCAACAAGCACAUGCCCACCCCGAACCAGCUCUUCAAGCGUCGCGAAGAAGUUUAUGUCACCAAGAACGACCUUCUUAAUAUGAACAUGCCCGGAACCGUGACGGAGGAUGGCAUCAGAAAGAACCUCAACAUUGGUCUUGGAUACAUGGAAGGCUGGCUCCGCGGCGUUGGCUGCGUACCCAUCAACUACCUUAUGGAAGACGCUGCAACGGCCGAGGUGUCCCGUUCGCAGUUGUGGCAAUGGGUCAAACACGGUGUCAAGACCGCCGAUGGCCACACUGUCAACAAGGCUUACGCUCUGAGAUUGCUGAAGGAGCAGGCCGACGAACUGUCGUCCAAGGCACCUAAGGGCAACAAGUACCAGCUUGCAGCCCGAUAUUUCGAGAGCCAAGUGACUGGCGAAGAUUAUGCCGACUUCUUGACGAGUCUCCUGUACAACGAGAUCACCACUGUGGGAUCAUCACAGCCUGUGGCCAAGUUGUAAGCCGUUUGAUGACUGGACAGCGGAAAAACGGGAGUUGGAUUGGAAACUUAGCCUGGCACACGGAAAUCAAGGGGUGAAGUGAGCCUCGACUCCGACCCAGCUUGGGUGCGGAGCAAUCAUGAGAAGCAGAAAGUGUACACAAGUCAAACGCAGAAUGAAAAGGGUCGGAUUUCCAUGUCGCGCCAGAGCACAGUCAAAUUGUGGCUUAGUAUGCAAAUAGUUUAUGUGAAAAGGACAAGCAAUGUAUUUUCUUUGAUGUGAGAUGAGACGAGAUGAGGUCCACGUUCAGCAUUGGGAACACUUCUCGACUUCUGUUCUUUGAGGGGAGAGAAUUAUG